CUUUGCGAGGCGCGCGUUUCUGGGGGGAGCGCUGAGGUGGCGGACCUGGUGUGCCUUCGCCAGCGUGUCUCGGGCGGGGAGCCCUGCCGGCCAAGCGGCGGGAUGUUUCCCUCGCGGCGCAAACCAGCCAUGUAUCGGCGCUCGGGCGGAGGGGGGUUCUGGCGGCUUCUGAGCAUCCUACCCCGAAAAUGCUCUCUCUUUCAGCUCUUCUUUGUGGUUCUUUUGCUGGGUUUUCUCUCCCUGCUGUGGCUGCAGCUUAGCUGCUCAGGAGACAUGAUGAGAGGUCAAAGAGUGGAGGCCACAGUGCAGCAGAAACUCUGCACAUUUGACCUUCUACCUCAGCUUCCCGAUGACCCAUCAUGGGGGCCACAUCGCCUAGCAGUGUUGGUGCCGUUCAGGGAGCGCUUUGAGGAGCUGCUGACUUUUGUGCCUCACAUGCAUCGUUUUCUCAAUAGGAAGAAAAUUCGGCAUCAUAUCUUCAUAAUUAACCAGGUGGAUCAUUACAGGUUUAACAGAGCAUCUCUGAUCAAUGUGGGCUUCUUGGAAAGUGGAAAUGACACAGACUAUAUUGCGAUGCACGAUGUGGACUUGCUACCUCUCAAUGAGGAACUGGACUAUAGCUUCCCAGCUGCUGGCCCUUUUCAUGUAGCAUCACCUGAACUGCAUCCUCUUUAUCACUAUAGCACCUAUGUAGGUGGUAUCUUACUACUCACCAAGCAGCACUUUCGAAUGUGUAAUGGAAUGUCUAACCGCUUUUGGGGUUGGGGCCGAGAGGAUGAUGAAUUUUAUCGCCGUAUCAGAGGAGUUGGACUUCAGCUUUUCCGGCCCUUGGGAAUUACAAGUGGAUAUAAGACAUUCCAACAUUUGCAUGAUCCAGCUUGGCGUAAGAGAGACCAGAAGCGUAUUGCUUCCCAGAAGCAGGAACAGUUCAAGGUGGACCGUACUGGAGGCCUGACUAACCUUGAAUACAGAGUGGAGUCGCGCACUUCCCUGAGUGUGGCAGGCGCUCCCUGCACUGUUCUCAACAUUUUCCUACAGUGUGACUCCAGUGAGACUCCGUGGUGUGCAUUUGGCUGAACUACUUCCUUCACAGACUGCCUAAUAUAUUGCUGCAGGAGUAGAAGCAAAAGCAAAAGCAGCAGCAGGUCUUCAGCACUGCAGCUGGACUAUCUGGAGGCAGACCCUUCUGCAGGAAUCAAGAGCACAGCAUUGGAUGUCUGUGAGACAGAUGGUUAAAAGAAGAGGGCUGAGGGUCCACAUCCAUUGACAGGCACUUGCACAAUGCUGCCUGUUUCACUAUGAAUGUAGAGGCAUUGGCAAGAUUAAAUGGGCUGAGUCUUUGCUCAGCCUGCCUGCCAUUCAGAGGAAUAGUAUCUCAACUACCUGCAUCUCAAGAAUUGAAGAUAAUUUAAGAGCCAAGAUCAUGUCUAUCAGCUUUUUCUCACUGCCUACCAAGGCUCCAGUACCCAGAUGGUAUGGAAGAGCUAGAGUUGUGGACCUGUCUGAGUUUUUUGCCAUUCUAGCACGUGCAGGACUCGGUGUCUGGUUAGUUUCUUUGAACUUUGCAUUUCAUGAUAAAUAUGCAUAAGCAUCUGCUGCUGUGAAGCCCGUAUGUGCCCCCGAUUCUUCCUCUGCAGGGAGGGGGGUCUUGCUAAGACAAUGAACAUCUUGCACUUGGGUCUUUAAGAAUAUUAUCUGGAACCACCUCAUCUAAACCCAUCGUGAUCAAGAAUUUUGUUCCUGGGGCUUCUGGAGCUGUAACUGCUGUUGGAUCAUUGCAAUAAAGCCAAGAAAGUGAAUGAAUGCUGAA